GUCAUGCUCACAGUCUGAGACUCUGAGAAGGAAAAUGGCAGCUUCUCCUGCUCACCUCUCACCCCUCUCCAAACCUUCUUCGCCUUCACCUUCACCUUCAUCAUCACCACACAUCCUCUUAACGCUCCCUAGGACCCGCUCCGUUCCUUACGGUCAGACCCGACUCGCUAACUCGCGGUUCAAAUGCUUGGCCGGGCAGACCGGGUUCUUCGGGCGGCUCGGGCGUUUGAUCAAGGAGAAGGCCCAGAGUGACGUGGAGAAGGUCUUCUCAGGCUUCUCGAAAACCCGCGACAAUCUCGCCGUCAUUGACGAGCUCCUCCUCUACUGGAACCUCGCCGACACCGAUAAAGUCCUCGACGAACUCGAAGAGGCUCUACUGGUAUCUGACUUCGGACCAAAGAUCACCAUUAAGAUCGUGGAGAGCUUGCGGGAGGAUAUAUUGGCUGGGAAGCUUAAGUCAGGGAAUGAGAUUAAGGAUGCAUUGAAGAAGAGUGUGUUGGAAUUGUUAACUAAGAGGGGUAGUAAAACCGAGCUUCAACUUGGAUUCAGGAAACCGGCUGUGAUUAUGAUUGUGGGUGUCAAUGGAGGUGGCAAGACAACAUCACUUGGAAAGCUGGCCUAUAGACUGAAAAAUGAAGGGGCCAAGAUAUUGAUGGCAGCAGGCGAUACUUUUAGAGCAGCUGCUAGUGAUCAGCUGGAGAUAUGGGCUGAGAGGACUGGGUGUGAGAUUGUUGUGGCUGAAAGGGAUAAGGCCAAAGCAUCAUCAGUUCUUUCACAAGCUGUGAAAAGAGGGAAGGAUCAAGGUUUUGAUGUAGUGUUAUGUGAUACGUCUGGACGUCUACACACUAAUUACAGCCUAAUGGAAGAGUUGAUUGCAUGUAAAAAAGCUGUGGGCAAAGUUGUUACUGGUGCACCAAAUGAGAUCCUGCUAGUUUUGGAUGGGACCACCGGUUUGAAUAUGCUUCCACAAGCAAGAGAGUUCAAUGAAGUCGUUGGAAUUACUGGUUUGAUUUUGACAAAACUUGAUGGUUCUGCCCGAGGAGGCUGCGUGGUCAGUGUGGUUGAUGAGCUUGGCAUCCCUGUGAAGUUUGUGGGUGUUGGAGAAGGUGUUGAAGACCUUCAACCCUUUGAUGCAGAGGCCUUCGUUAAUGCCAUAUUUUCAUAAAGCCUAAGAAGUGGGUUUUGCCUUACAAAUUACAAUUCAGCAGAACUUCUUACCAUACUAGCAGGACACUAAGGUGAAAGCAAGCAAACCAAUAAAAUAGUGCCGGAAGUGAAGAGGUUAACCUUGAGGCUAGUCACAGCCACAGGGGUUGCAAGAAUACAUUCUUACACAAGAUGUGAAGAAGUGACGUUGGGCUGCUGCAGAGAAAUAGCUCUUGCUGAGACCCUGUACACAAUGCUUUCCUGCUUAUAGACGUGGCUGGCUCAUUUUUGGGUGUGUUUUAGCCAUUAUAUAAGCAGCUUGUUUAACUCGUUUUUUCAAUGUCAAAAGGGUAUAAAUGGUACUACCGAUUUAUGAAGUGAAACUCUGAUGCGGCAUUCUUUCUGUACGGUGCUAAUGAUAUGCAUUCAUUUAUUUUCAAUCA